AUGGGGGGACAACAGCAGACGGCGUACCAGUCAUCGGCACCGCAUGUGUGGCGAGUGCCUGAAAGUCUAACGGAAAGAGUAGAGGAGACGAGCGGGAAGGGUGCGGAGUGGGCCUCCUGGGUUCGAGAAACGGUGCAAGGGUUGAGGGCAGUUGUCGGCGAUGAGGGCAAAGGAGAACAUGAUCUAUUGCGAACGCAGCGGUCCAGCAGACAGGAACGUCGCAGAAAAUCCAGGGAGCUGCAACGACUCCUUUCCUCCACUCCAGGUGCCUUUUCCCCGCCUCUGAAUACUGCAACAUGGGGUCCCGAAGGAAACAAACGACAGGACGACAGUACGAAUGAUGCCUACCACCCAGCGGAACCUCUGGCAGACACCGUCGCGCGAUUCCCCGAGAGCUUGGCCGCGAGACUCCGAAGGACCGUUGGUUGCGAUCUCGGACCUCUUUCCACACUGGCAGUCGCCCUCGUAGCGGCCCACCUCCUCCAAGCCACUGCCGCCGAACCGGUCAACACUACCCGCCUAACCACCAUUUCUCCUCCUCCUCCUCCUCCGUCGAAUUGCUCGAACCUGGACACCAGCAUCAGCAUCCCAUCCACAUCGCCCCUACCCCCAUUCCUAUCCAAUUUCUUCAUCCCCUCCCCUUCUUCCACACCUUCUCCCACACUAGCGGCCCACCUCCUCCUCCCCACCCUCGUCUUCACUCUCCUCCACACGACGCUCGCUUCCUCCCUGUUCUACCUCUCGCUCCUCUCCCACCCUUUUCAAACCUCCCUCUUCCCCGUCGUGGUCGCUUACUGCCCUUUCCUCCUGCCCCUCCUGAAUCUCACUCCGGUCUUUCCUCUCCUCGUCUUCCUCCUCCCGUUCAUCACCUACCCCGUCUCCAUCGCGCUGCGCUUCGCCACCGCCUUCGUAGUCGCCAUCUUGCAGCUGCUAGAGGAGGACGUGCUGCGUAGACCGGGCCUCCUGACGCGUCGGCUACCGACCCUCAUUGUGCGGCUAUGCACCCUCAUCUUGGUUUUUCUGCUUAACCUCGUCGUGCCGCGCUCGCUCGGGGGUAGUGGGCUGGGUGCCCGCAUCCUGGGAUAUGCCUUUUCCAUCGUCGUUGUCGAUCUGGGGUACGGCGUUUUGUGGUCCUACGUAGUGUCUCCCUGGGCGUGGGCCGAGUACUGCGAUCUCUUCCUCCGGUUGCCCCUGGUGCAGCAUACUACUCUAAAAAUCAGGAUGGGAAUCCGGAGUUGGAGGGUUUGGAGCGCGGUUGUCGUGGGGUUGUUGGUUUGGAAUGGUGUGGUUGAAGGAAGGAGGGAGGGGUGGAGGGUUUGGAAAUGGGCGAUGUGGGGGGGAGGUGGGAGUGGAAGUGAGGACGGAAUGGGCAUGGGGGUGAGGAGGGUGUUGGCGGUCCAGGGGGGCAAGGUGUUUGGAUACGACUUCCAACUAUCUACACGCCUACAUGUACACUCCAUGCACCACAACCAUCCACCAUCUUCCAUGCCAUAUAUGCCCAACUCACCUGACGCACCUCAUCACCAUUCCACCCAGACUGUUGACCCCACCUCACCUCUACAGCGGACAAGUCGACCUGAGCAUACUGUACAUUAA